AUGAAUGGCUCAGCUCGCCCAACUGAAACUCUUGCCAGCCAACCUUUGGUAGAGAUGGCCUGUGAUGGUCUCAUCGCCCUGGAUAAGUUCUUCUCCGAAGCACAUCUGUCCUCGUCUGGCGCGCAGCUUGACUUGGCCUCCACCAUCCGGGCCUUGCUUUGCCACCUUCCUCUCCAAGUUCAUCGGCGUCAUGUCAAGGGUCACCUGGAUAAGCACCGUCCUUUCUCCCAAUUGGACUGGUUGGAGCAGCGCAAUGUUGAAGUUGACUCCAAAGCACAAUCCUACAGCCGCCUGCUGGAGUCUACAGGCCAAUCGGCUGCCUCCAACCCCCGCUUCUUCCAUGAACCUUUGCCCUCCAAGGACCGCUUCUCUGAGCAGUCCAUCUGUGAGGUCAAUUGGUUGCCUCUGGCACGCGCCAUGAAAGCCCUCCCAACCAAUCUCCAACGCUGGACACCCAAGCAUAUCUCUGGUAUGACAGGUGUGGGAAAAUGCUUUGCCAUUUGGAACUGUUCGGCAAAGAGCUCUUGCCCCAGAUGCUCCUCCUGCCCGGUGGAAGAUCACCUCCAUGUCCCACGCUGUCCUGCCCCUACUGCAGCUGCAGAAUGGUUGAAACGCCAUCUGGCCUUCCGGACCUGGAUGCAGACUCAGCAGACCGCCCCAGAGAUUGAAGCCUUCCUCUUUGAAUACCUGAAGACAGCCGCCAGCCUUCCUUGGGAGUCCCCACCGUCCAAGCCUGGUCUCGCCGUCUCCGCCUCUUCCGAAGUGCCAUCUCCUCCCAAGCCAAGCUUGGGGCCCAGGGCCUCCUUGAAGGCCUAG